AUGUCGAAUAGUACGGACCCGGACACCAGUGUUGUCAGUGAAUCCCCAGACGCUAUUCAUCACGCGGGUGUCAUCAUCCUUCAAAAUGUGAUAUCACUCGUCUGCGAGACUUUCCUGUACGGCAUCUAUGUCAUCAUGGUGGCCUUCGCGAUAUACGUAUUAUUACGAAAAGGGCUGGGCAAGGGCUACAAUCUCCCCAUGUUCUUCGUCAUGUUGCUUCUGUUUGGCCUGUCGACGGCGGAUUGGGGGACGUUCCUGGCGAGCGUCAUCAGGCAGAUCCGUGGGCUGCUCAUCGAGAACACUGAGCAGCCUCUGCAGGACAAGUUCGACAUCGUCGCGCAAUCCAUCCUGCACUUCAAUAUUGCCGGCGUCUAUCUAUCGAUGUUCAGCUACCUCGUGGGCGAUGCUUUUGUGGUGUGGAGAGCCUGGGUCCUAUGCGCUGAAUACAGGAAGGCGACGAUGCUGCCUAUCGUGCUUCUGACAUGCGCGAUGGCAAUCACGCUUGUGGCGACGACGUUCGAGCGGAACUUCCUCCUCACCGGAUCGAACCAUUCCAGACUCAUCGUGCGGUACACGCAGGGCGUCAUCAUCAUGCUAGAGUUCUUCGCCAACGUAGCCGCGACCUUGCUCAUCGCGCGCGUAGCAUGGUAA